AAAAAAAAAAAAAAAAAAGCACAAUCACACACAACAAAACACGCACUAGAGAGAGCGUGAUAUGAGAACGAGGAGAGGAUUAUGCUAUCCUCGAGUGAUGAAUAUCUGUGUCGAGACUAAUCGGAGAAGAAAUCCGGCCGGAGAACACACCGGCUGCCGGAAAAGGAUGAGAGCCUCGCCGGAAAGUCGAGGAGGGUACGAUUAUUUUGAGGUCUUGCCUGAUGACAUCGUCCUCUGUAUUCUCGGCAAGCUCAGCUCCAACGCCGGCUGCCCCGCCGAUUUCAUCAGUGUGCUGAUAACAUGCAAAAGGUUCAAGGGAUUGGGCCUUCACUCGCAGGUUUUAUCCAGAGCCUGUGAGAAAAUGUUGGCAGUGAAAGCCAAAAACUGGUCCGAGUCGGCUCACCGAUUCCUCAAACUCUGCGCCGAUUCCGGCAGCGUCGAGGCGUGCUACACUCUUGGAAUGAUUCGAUUCUACUGCCUGGAAAACAGAGGGAGCGGGGCGUCCCUGAUGGCCCGGGCCGCGAUUGCCUCUCACGCUCCGGCGCUGUACUCUCUCGCCGUCAUCCAGUUCAACGGCAGCGGCGGCUCCAAGAGCGACAAGGACCUCCGAGCCGGCGUCGCCCUCUGCGCGCGGGCCGCCUUCCUCGGCCACGUCGACGCUCUCCGGGAGCUCGGCCACUGCCUCCAGGACGGCUACGGCGUCCGCCAGAACGUCGCCGAGGGCCGCCGUUUCCUCGUCCAGGCCAACGCCCGCGAGCUCGCCCUCGUCCUCGUCGCGCACCCUGCCGCCGUCGUUCCCCGCUCCUGGCUCACCUGCAACCACUACCACCGCCAGCCGGCCGCCGGCGCCGGCGGUUGCCCCCUCCUCAGCGACUUCGGCUGCAACGUGCCGGCGCCGGAGGCUCACGCGGCCAAUCGAUUUCUCUCGGAGUGGUUCGCCGGCAUGGGCGAGGACGGGCCGGGAUCGGGCCUCCGACUGUGCUCCCACACGGGCUGCGGGCGGCCCGAGACGAGGCGGCACGAGUUCCGGCGGUGCUCUGUGUGCGGCACCGUGAACUACUGCUCGCGAGCUUGUCAGGCCCUGGAUUGGAAGCUCCGCCACAAAAAGGACUGCAGCCCGGCGGAUAGGUGGGGGGACGUCGUGGACGGCGGCGUUUUUGACGGUGACGGUGAGGAUGUUCUGAAUCUUAACGGCGCGGAGGAUAGUUGAAAUUUUCAGUUAACGGCGGUUCGUCUAGUGGACUGUGAAUGUGACGGUAACGGCACGGGAGUCUUAGUUUGGGUGGAGAAAGGAAAAGCGAAAAAAUUGUGGGGUGAAAAUGAAGGAAAGUAAAAAGAUCUGUGGCCAAAUUUUUGGGGAAUCGAGUUGAAAAUUUUUUGGGCCUGUGUUAAGCUUCUUGUUUUGCGUAGGGAAUGUAAAGUGUAGACCCUGAAAUUUUUAAUUUAUUUUAAAGUUUAGUCUUUUUGUCGAAUUUAUUUUCAUUCACCUUAUUAGUUAAUCAAGCAAAGGAAAUUUGCAAUUACAGUUUAUUUGAAUUCUAUUUUUUUUUAUCGGUAAAUGUAUAUAUAGA